AGGAAAAAAAGAAAUUAGCCUAAGGGGUCGCUUCAUUGUCCAGUACGAAAUUUUUCGAACCGGUUUCCGUCAUUCCCUCGCUUGCUGAUCGAACCCUCCGUUUUCAGCUCAUCCAGAAGCGGAAGCAGAAGCAGAAGCAAGAUGAUGAAGCUACAGCGCUGGUUAUCCAGGAACCAGCUAUUUGAACAAAUUGUAUGUAAGAAAGCUGGUCAUGUUGGACAUCCUUUGGGGUCGCAUCCUUUCUCAUCUCGAGUUGGCAUUCCAGAUUCUAGACAGAAUUUUACUCGUACAGUUGGAGAGAAUGCAAGUGAUCGAGUUUAUGCUGCAUAUAGUGUAUAUAAGGGCAAAGCUGGACUCUCUAUGAUGCCUUGUUUACCAACUUUCACCAAAUUAGAGUCUGGGUGUCUUGUAAUUGGUCGACGUGGUUCAAUAAUGUUGACAUUCUUUCCUGCCAUAGGCGAGCGCAAGUAUGACUGGACAAAGAAACAGUUGUUUGCAUUAUCCCCAACAGAGGUUGGUACUUUAAUCAGUUUGGGUCCCAGAGAUUCAUGCGAAUUCUUCCAUGACCCUGGAAUGCUUUCAAGUUCUGCUGGUCAAGUAAGGAAGAGCUUAACUAUUAAGGCCCAUGCAGAUGGCAAUGGCUAUUUCAUCUCUUUGAAUGUUGUUAAUAACUCAGAAAACACCAAAAAUUUCUUGAGUGUUCCCUUCACAGCAGGCGAAUUUUCUGUGAUGAAGACGGCUUGCAGUUUUGUUCUGCCUCACAUUCUUGGUUGGGACCAGCUAAAGAAACCUAGUCCUGGCAUGGGUAAGGUUUUUCAACCAAAUAAGGUGGAUCGUGAAGCAUUGAGUUUAGAGUGGGAAAGAUGAGUGUUCAUAGAAGUUGCUGUCACCUCCAUGAAGCUGCUAAGUUCAAAAGUGGGCUAUUGUACCUGCUUUUUUGGGUAAAUCUUUUGUUAUCUCGUCAAUUGUUGUAGUGAUGGGUGCAGCCUUUGAAUUUUGCUUUACAGAAACAAAGGCAGUGGUUUAUUUGGGUGGAACUUUCCAUUCCAGAAAAAUGAAGUAACAAUGUAUACAAGUGUUGAGUACUCUUGUUAACUUGGAGUGAAUUAGAGAUGCCUUUUGGAAGUUGGAACUGUUUUUAGCCUGAUAAAAUUACUUUUCAAAAA